CAGACAGAGGCAAGGCCCGUGGCGGCGGAGGCAAGGCUUCCGGCGGGCUCAUGUCUAGCGCGCGACGGUUGGCAAGAGCACUGAUGGCGGUGUCCACUUUUCUACGAGCGCCGUGGGGAGUUAGCCUCGCGGUCAAGGCAACCAUCAAUGCCCGACCUCGUCCUCCAGGAGCAUCAACUUGGUCAGGUUACCAUCGCAGCAGCAGUUGCGGCGGUCGAGGUGUUACUGCUGUACGGCAGAGAGCGGUUGCGACAGGAAGCGGCGAAGCUGCGGUGCUGUCAGAGCCAGUUGACGUAAGGGUGGAGGAUGCUAGCAAGAGCGCCGCAGAAGGGGUUGAAGUGAGCCAGCGAGAGGUGCUCAGUAGGGAGGCGUGGAUGGCACGAGCGGAGGCGCACCGGAAGAGGGUGCGGUCUCUUACGAACGGUUCAGUACAUCACGAUAAAAGCGAUCCCAUCUUCAACUUCCUGUUCGAGUACUACCACUUCAAACCCAGGAUGCUGCUACAGUGGACGCCCGGUUUUGACGCCUAUCUUCUGGACGCUGACCCUUCUCUCAAAGGUUGUCCACUACCGCAGAAGGCGUGGGAGUCGGGCCCAGGGGCUGGGGGGAGUUACAAUCCGUUCGGGCUUGAUAAUAACAGGCGAGUCCAGGUGCAGUGGAUGCGAGACCUUCUCCAAGCCACGACCUCGAGAGCACCCGUGCUCCACUGCUUCGGCCUCCACGAGUGGGCGAUGCUCUACCGUCCCCGCGGUGCGGAGGAGGCUGGUAUCGACGCGAGGAGUGUCCACCAGACGCUGCCCCUGCGAGUGUCCCAGGACGAGAUCAACGCGAUGGUGGAGGGCAGAGGCGGCGCGUUGGCGUGUACCCACUUCGACGCCUUUCGCUUCUUCACCCCGGAAGCAAAGCCUUUGAAUCCUGUGCAGCUGGAGAGGGUCGGCCAAAGAUCCAACGACCAGCCGGGGUGCGUCCACGCCAACAUGGACUUGUUCAAGUGGGCCCUUAGGCUUUGGCCGCUGCUGCCAUCGGAGAAGCUCGCCAACGCCCUCGAGCUGGCGGUGUCCUGCCGAAUGCUGGACAUGAGAGCUUCUCCGUACGAUCUCACCGCACACGGCAAGGUUCCCGACACGGUCGUCGGCAGGGGGGGGGGAAGGGUGGGGGGUCUGCCGCCAGAGGCGUGGGACCCCACCCCGGUUAGGAUAGAGACCGAGGAGGGUCGGAAGGAGUACCAGCAGGCGCAGGCAGAGCUGUAUCAGAGGUCGAUGCCCGUGAGGCGCUCGCUGAUGAGACACAUGGACAGGCUGCUGGAUGUCUGGGGGAGAUAG